AUGUCUCAAUUAAGAGAACAAGACACCAUCUUCAUCUCUGGUGCAACCGGUACGCAGGGUUCAGCAACCGUCCGAGCCCUCCUGCGUCUGUCAUGCCCGUCUGCGACCCUCACCAUUCACGCUCUCGUCCGUGAUUGUGACAGUGCACAGGCCCGGGCCCUGGCCAAUUUGUCGCCUUUGGUCAAACUCUUCAAAGGACACCAUGAUGACCCUUCUUCUAUUGCAGCUGCGGCUGAAUCAUGCACUGCAGCCAUGUUCAUUCUCCUGACCGGCUGGGACGACCCAGGUGCCGAACAACGACAUGCCCAGAAUAUUCUCAGCCGGCUUUCUUCCAUUCCAACCAUCAAACGCAUCGUCUACCCAACCACUGCGGGCGUCAAAGAUCCUCGCGUACCAGGCAAUUUCAAAAAUCUCCGGGAAGGUAGUCUCAGAUACACCUAUUACCGGGGCAAGUCUGCCAACGAGAGUACCGUCCAAAAAGUCGCCGAGCAGAACGGAUGGGCUUGGACAAUUUUCAAACCUGCAACCUUCCUCUCCAACUUUCUGAAGCCCAUGGCAGACUUCAUGUACCCGGAGCUUAAGGAGCACCGGAUUGUGACGGUGAUGCCUCCGGAGUAUGAGUUUUCCUUUGUUGACCCAGACGAUAUCGGACGGUUCAGCGCGGCGGCUCUCCUGGGGCCCGGCAAAGGGCGAAAUCUUCCUGAUCUCUCUUCGCAGGUCAUUGACUUAGCUUCUCAGGUGGGAACAUUGGAAGAUAUCACGCGUGCAAUGGGCAAAGUUCUGGCAAAGUAUGGUCACAAGGUGAAUAUUGUCGUGGAGCACGUCACUGUAGAAGAAGCAGAGAGACGGGGACAAAACCUCGUCAAGAUCCAGAAUGAAGAAUUUCUGGUUGAGAAUCCUGUAGUGGUGGACCUCGCCCGAGUUAGAGAUUUCGGAUUCCCUUUGGGCACGAUCGAGGGAUUCCUUGAGAGAGAAAUCGAGAGGCUCAAGGAAGUAUUGGCAUUAUGA